GCUCGCGCGCCACACUCCUCGAACCACCACCACCACCACCACGUGUUCGAUCGCGUCCUCCAAGCCCCAGCACCUACGCGUCGUCGCGCCAUGGCCGGCUUCGGCUUGGACCAGCACCUCGACCUCAUCCGCGCCCACCUCCUCGAAGACGCCCACCACCACGUCCUCGCGCCAUCGCCGUCGCCCUCGCCACCGGGUACUGGGCGUGUCAGGCCGGCGCCCGUGUCGCUGCCCCCGAGGCCGCCGCUCCUGUGGGCGGCGGCGUCGGCGGCGCCGCGGCAGCAGGAGGAGUGCUUCGAGCUCGGCGGCGGCUACGCGGGGGAGGGGGAGGGGGAGGAGGAGGACGACUUCCGGCGGUACCGCGGGGUGCGGCAGCGGCCGUGGGGCAAGUACGCGGCGGAGAUCCGGGACCCGGCGAGGAAGGGCGCGAGGGUGUGGCUCGGCACCUACGACACCGCCGUCGAGGCCGCGCGCGCCUACGACCGCGCCGCGUUCCAGCUCCGCGGGUCCAAGGCCAUCCUCAACUUCCCCAACGAGGUCGCCGCCGACGCCGCCGUCAAGUGGGCCCCUCCCGUCGCCCCUAUCCCCGCCGCCGCCAUGUCCGCCGGAAGAGGCAAGAGGGUGAGGUCGGAGGAGCAGUACUACUUGAGGGAGGUGAAGAAGGAGAGGCUGAUCAUGGCGCCGCCGGAGAACUCCUCCUCGUCGUCGUCGUCGGCGGCGGCGGCAGCCGGAGACAUCUGGGACGAGCUGAAGGGGAUCUGCAGCCUGCCGCCGCUCUCGCCGCUGUCGCCGCACCCGCACAUGGCCUUCCCGCAGCUGUUCGUAAGCUGAUCGAUCGCUAGCUCCGGCCAUGGACGGCGCCGUGGCGAGCUUGGAGUGCAGCCAUGGCGCGCGCCCGGCGCGGUACACGCAUGGCUGCCGCGUGGUGGUGUCCGUGACGUCACGUGCGAAGGAUAUGGCCUUAAUCCUGAAUUAGAUAGGGUGUUCUUUGAUUAAUUCGCUAAACUUCGUAAUAUUAGGUAAUCGAUUUGGCUUUCGGCCAAAUAUUGAAUUCUUUCGUUCUAUUGCUGCUCAGGUGAUCGAUGAUCAUAGUAGCUUCAUUGCGAUUUGUCAAUGAAAUGAUAUAAAUAUGUAUUAAUUACAAGUUGAAGAGUACUAAUGAAGAACAUCAGAGGCUCAGAGCAAUUGAGCGCACAUCUCGUUAA